AUGGCUAAUGACCCAAAGCGAACGACAGGUACAACCAGCUCUUCAUCCGUUCAAAAUGGUACGAUUGUCAAGGGCAAAAUUAACAUUAAAGUUGUCUCUGCAAAAUUAACAUCGUCGGGAGGUUUGUUCAGCAACAAGCCUGCUGAUUCUUAUGUUGAUAUCUCCGUCGAAGAGUCCUCAAAUCUUAGUCAUAUCGCAAAAACUAAUGUCAAAAAGAAAACUAAUAGUCCCGAAUGGGACGAGUUGUAUUCUGUAAAUAUCACAGACAAUAGUGUUAUUCUCUUCCGAGUAUUCAACAAGUCGAAACUUUUUGAGGACACUUUAAUUGCCCAAGCUAAAUUGAAAGCUUCUGCUAUUCCCAAAACUGAAACUGGAGACUGGGGCACUAAAUCGUUUGAUCUACCUUUGAACAACAAAGAUAAUAAUAAGAUUGGGACGUUGAAGGCAAAUGUUUCCUGUUAUGUAGAUAAGCAGAAAAGAAGAACUGGAAAUAACUCUAAUAGAGAAGGCCAUACUGGUGAAGCCUCAACAUCGGGUAUUAGCAGAAGGCCUUCUGCCGGAAAAUCUCGUGACACAAUAGCUACACAACAACAGAAUAAUCCUCAAGAGGAGCAGUUGCCUGAAGGAUGGGAAAGAAGAUUCGAUCAAUACGGUCGUAAGUAUUACGUUGACCAUACAACGAAGAGCACAACUUGGGAAAGGCCCUCAAGCACUCCCCUUCCUUCUGGUUGGGAAAUGAGAAGAGAUCCGAGGGGACGGGUUUAUUACGUUGAUCAUAACACUAGAACAACCACAUGGCAAAGACCUACAGCUGAUAUGAUUGUUGCUCAUGAGCAAUGGCAAUCAGGAAGAGAUCAAGCCAUGCAUCAGUGGGAACAGCGAUUUUUGUUGCAGUCUAAUUCUUUGACACCAAGCGACGAUCCAUUAGGUCCUUUACCUGAUGGAUGGGAGAAAAGACCCGAUACAAAUACGGGGAGAAUGUACUUUGUCAAUCAUGUAAAUAGAACAACGCAAUGGGAGGAUCCUCGCACUCAGGGCGUUUCUGAUCAACCAUUACCUGAAGGUUGGGAAAUGAGAUUCACCGAGCAAGGGGUUCCUUUCUUCAUUGACCAUAAAACUAAAACAACCACGUACAAUGAUCCGAGAACUGGAAAGCCCGUUGGUCCAAUGGGAGUGUUCGGUGUAUCAUUGAGUUAUGAAAGAUCUUUCCGAUGGAAGAUUGCUCAGUUCAGAUAUUUAUGCUUAUCGAAUAGUGUUCCAAAUCAUGUGAAAAUCACUGUGUCACGUUCCAAUGUCUUUGAAGAUUCAUUCCAAGAAAUAAUGAGAAAGAAUGCUGUCGAUUUGAGACGGCGAUUGUACAUACAGUUCCGUGGAGAAGAAGGGUUAGAUUAUGGAGGAGUUGCGAGGGAAUGGUUCUUCCUUCUAUCUCAUGAGGUUUUGAACCCUAUGUAUUGUUUGUUUAUGUAUGCGGGUAACAGUAACUACAGCCUCCAAAUAAAUCCUGCUUCAUUUGUCAAUCCAGAUCACUUGAAGUACUUUGAGUACAUUGGACGUUUUAUUGCUAUGGCAUUGUUCCAUGGCAAGUUCAUUUAUUCUGGUUUCACAAUGCCAUUCUACAAGAAGAUGCUCAACAAGAAGAUUGUUCUGAAAGACCUGGAACAAGUUGAUUCAGAGUUCUACAACUCAGUUAUGUGGAUCAAGGAAAAUAACAUUGAUGAGUGCGAUAUGGAGCUCUAUUUUGUCGAUGACUACGAGCUUUUGGGUGAACUGAAAACGCAUGAAUUGAAACCUGGAGGUGGUGAUAUCCCUGUCACUGAAGCUAAUAAGCUCGAGUAUAUUGAGCUUUUGGUAGAGUGGCGUUUCAACCGAGGUGUUGAACAGCAAACCAAAGCUUUCUUCGUUGGUUUCAAUUCUGUGUUCCCACUCGAAUGGCUUCAGUAUUUCGAUGAGCGAGAGCUUGAACUGUUACUUUGUGGAAUGCAAGAUGUUGAUGUUGAUGACUGGCAAAGAAACACAGUAUAUCGCCAUUACGCCCCUCAGAGUAAGCAAGUAGUUUGGUUUUGGCAGUGGGUACGAAGUUUGGAUCAAGAAAAAAGGGCGCGGUUAUUGCAAUUUGUCACCGGAACAUGCAGAGUGCCAGUUGGAGGUUUUGCUGAACUUAUGGGCAGCACGGGGCCACAGCUUUUCUGUAUCGAGAGAGUCGGAAAGGAUAACUGGCUUCCAAGGUCUCAUACCUGCUUCAAUAGACUCGAUCUGCCACCUUAUCGAAGUUAUGAGCAAUUAGCUGAGAAAUUGAAUAUGGCUAUUGAAAUGACUGAAGGUUUUGGUAACGAGUAG